AUGCCUUCAGAACCACCCACAAUACCGACCUCCGACUCCCCGCCCACCCCAUCAGACACGCCUAUUCCCUCCGGCACAUCCGAGAUCACUACUUUAUCGCCAAGCGACCUCCCAUCUCUCACAGAACAACCCACUGACGGUCACGCUGAGGCUCCCGAGGAAGAAGAACACCUCGAGUCCCAUGAGGUCAUCGAGCUUCAGGCGUUCAGUGACCGUAAGGUCUGGAUAGAGGAAAAGAUCAAGUUUCUCGAGUCGCUCCCUCCCAUCGAGGUCUUUGUAGGUCUCGACGCGUUACGCUCAUCUGCAGAAGAAAUCCCAGGGUUACCCACACGCGCGCAGCUCCAAGAGUGGCUUCGGGAGCAUGACAGGAUCGAGAAGGAAACUGAGAUUUUCGACUCUGGAGAUCUGAUGAAACUGAGGAAGUUGACGAAAGAGGCCACGCAGAGACACCUCUCCCCUGCAGAUACCGACCUCAUCGAAAUUACCUUGACUACUAUCUAUGCGCUUGACAAGCUUCUGCACCUCCUUCGCGGCCGCUCAGAGAAUUUGGACCUUUUGGGCAUCCGCCUCACAUGGGAGGAGCAGCGGACUGGUGCAUGGAUCGAUUGCCGCAAGAUCCUGGCAGAUAUCCAGUCGUUUCUGACCUCCAAAGGUCGCUGGUCGCCCAACACGUAUGAUCUUUUGCCGAAGGCGGAGGAUGGCCCUCGGCGACGAGGCUCAAUGGCGUCAUUAGCCUCGAUGGCCUCGGAUACCUCAGCAGCAUCUAGCGGCAACCUCUCUCGUAGUGCACGUUUCAGACUGGCGGAACUCCUCUCUAAAGACGCAGCACAGUUAUCCGGUAGGAUAUCGUCUCUUCGACAUGGAAAGAUUUCGGCUGCCGGUAAGGCUUUGGACAAGUUGAUUGACAACAGCCGAAAGCCGGUUCCCGACGAGCUUCUUGACGAACAAGACAGGUUGGAAGAGAAGGGUAUGAAUGACAUGGAAGAUGUCGGUCCAUUCGUUAUGGACAUUGUCACGCAGUGGCGAAAGGCUGACGAAGUGUACAUGGAAACCCGUAAAGACGUGAGCGGCGCUCAGACCUUACUCGAAGAAAUUGAGAUCGCAAAAAUGCACCAUCCCGUGUCUUCUCAGAGUAACACGUACUUGUCUCGCGCGGACACACUGUGUAAACGCGUUACAUUUCGCAGCGCCCAGACGUCUGCUCGUGGCGGUUUUCCUUUCCCCUUGCAUCCUCUUUUCCAAGACCAAUCAUCCUCCAACAGCUCCCUGAUAUCCUUUUUGUCAGACGAGAUUGCCCAGGCCAUGGACCUCACCCGAAAGGUUCAGUCAGUGGCUGAGGAAUAUCACGCUGCUGCUGCCGCUGUCAAAACGGCGGACGCGCUAGGAAAGUCUGCUAUUGAGCUCACAAACUCCCUGUAUGCUUUUGCAGAUCACCUUCACAAUGGAAUACCGGCUGGAGACGAGGAUGGCUCGCCGCCCGACCUGAAUUUGGAAGACUGCAUGCAACCCACAAAACAUGCUGCAUUUCUUACAUUACUCCCGUCACUUCUCCAAGAUCUAGAAAAGACCCUUGACAAGGCGCAGCCAUUGAUAGGCAACUAUAGGGUUGCUAUCAUCUCCCUCGGUCGCUAUCAAGUCGAUGAAUCGUUCAAGGUUACGGCAAAUCAUCAAGCGGAUACCCUCGCAUCUGCAUGCAAUCACGUUCGAGCGAUUCGUGACUCUGUCAACGCUCGCGUGGCUCGAUUACGAACAGCAAGAAACAUAUGGGCAACUAUGAACAAGGCAAUGGCGGAUUUAGAGGUGCUGCGUGGUGAAGUUGGAGAUGCAAUGGAAAGCGGACGGUGGAGGCAACAGUCCGCUCGCGAUGUCCACACGAAACCUUUGACACCCGAGUCACCAGACGCUGUACCGUUGACAAUGAUGAGCACUCCGCAAUUUGCUCAACAAGCUGAUGCCUUGCAAGCCAUUCUAAGCGACGUUCCAUCCCUCAUGAAUUCUUUCUCUGGUGCACUCGAGAAACCAUUGGACGACCUCUUGGCUCAAACUCUCAGUGGCUUAAGAAUUCAUCUGGACAGCAUCAAACAAAUGAUCGCGUUGCAUGAAGCCAUCCUUCGCCAAGCAUCCACUAUGGCCGUCUUGCGCGACGAGUCUAACGAGCUACAACUACGCCUGGAAGAAGUGAAGAUUCGGUACGACACUGCUGUGGAGGACGUGCUCGAGGACAAGCUUGCUGUUGAUAACACCGCGCAACUUCAAGCGAGCUUGGAAACUAGCAUGAACGAAGUCAAAGAGUCGGCUCAAAGCUUCAUUGACAACAUUCAGAGGAGAACGGUCUUUGUUUCCCAAAACGAAUCUACCAAUCGCGCUGAUAGUCCUACGUAUGUUCGAAAGAAGUUCUCUGCAUCGAACAUCCAGAUCGGUGUCUCGGGCUGGGGGGACCGCAGGCCUGUGGAAUUACCCUUCAGUCUGUCCUCUUUAGACGACGCCGUUCGGUCGGACUGCAAUUCCUGGGCCAUGCAGCUUGCUGGCCAGCUACACGCACUCUCAGCGCAGAGUGAACACCUGCGUCUGGCACGUCGGGCCAAGGAAGCGGACGGAUUGCUCAACUCGGCUCGCGACGACAUUCGCGAUACAUCCCAAGAGCUGGCUUCCAUAGACGUUUCUUAUUCCUCUAGCCUCCCGCAGGAUGGAAAGACAGACGCGUUGAACGCUGUCCUGGAAAACUUGGACGCGCACUCUCAGAAGCACCGUUCCCGCCUCUCUAGAUCGCUCUCGGUGCUGAGGGAGCGUCUGCGCGAGAUGGACUCUUCCGCGGGAUCUGAUGAAGUGCUGACUGGCAUUGUUGCCGUUCGUCGCCGCGCACUGGAGGACCUGGAGGUUCGCUUCUCUGCGUGGAGCGGGGAUGUCGAGACGUUGCGGAGUAGGAUCUUGGACGCUCUCGAUGCUGAGGCUCAGAGGGUGGAACUCGCGCGCCUCGAGGCUGAGCGCAUUGCGGAGGCGAAGAGGCUGGAGGAGGAACGCAUCGCUGCGGAGCAAAGGGAGAGGGAGCGGCUUGCAGCUGAGGAGCGGGAGCGGGAAAGGGAACGGCUUGCAGCUGAGGAGCGGAAGAGGGUCGCUGCGGAAGAAAGGGAGAGAGCGCGGUUGGCUGCGGAGGAGCGGGAGCGGGAGAGGCUCGCUGAGGAGGAAAGGGAGAGGGAACGGCUGGCAGCUGAGGAGCGGGAGAGGCUCGCUGCGGAGGAAAGGGAGAGAGCGCGGUUGGCGGCCGAGGAGCGGGAGCGGGAGAGGCUCGCUGCAGAAGAAAAGGAGAGAGAGCGGUUGGCGGCCGAAGAACAAGCAGCGAAGGAGAGGGAGCAGGAAAGGUUAGCUGCGGAAGAACGCCAGAGGGAAAUGCUAGCUGCUGAGGAGCAGGCCGCUAACGAGCGAGAGAAGGCGCGACUUCUCGCUGAAGAGCGAGAAAAGGAGCGCCUCAAAGCAGAGAGUUCGUCUUUCAGCGGAGAAGAUGUAUUCGGACUGAAAGCGGCGCCCGCGUUCCCUUCCUCGGCACCACAGGAUAGUGCACUUCAAAACAUAGUCUCCUUGCGAAAACGCCUUCGUUCUCUUGGCAUUAACGAGCUCGCCAGACCUCGCGCCAGCCGUACCAAUUCUUUCCAUCUUCCGAGCACAGAAGAAUACAAACGACUUCGACAGGACUUUGAUGCACUCUGUGCCGACAUCUUGAUCUUGUCACCUCCUGCCCAGAACUCAUCUGCUGAUGGGGAAUUGCGGUCUCUCAAAGUCGAAGUCGAGGCCUCUUCCGAGCUCAUGGAUAAGCUGAGAUCUCUAGCAGCUCUCACACAUGCUGUUCAGUCUUGCGAUGCAGCGUGCAGUGACUUGCUGGAGCAUAUCGACAGCUAUCCCUCCCCUCCAUUGGCCGAGGAUCUGGCGAGUGAUUAUGUUGAUUCUGCCGACUUGACUCCCCCCGAGCAACUCAAGGAGCGUCUGAAAUUUACGCAGUCCGUUGUGGACGAUGUUGUGCGCUGCUUUGCUCCUAUCAAGGAUGACAUGCGGGCAGAGGCUGAGCAUGACCGCGCCGUUCAGACGUGGAGGGAAAUGGAGGAGAUGGCUCAAGAUCUCGUCUCCAGCAAGAAGUCGAAUCCACCUUCACGACCACCGUCGCGUCCACCGUCACGCCUGCCGGUGCGCCCGCAUAGUGUAAUGAGCUCUAAUAACAACAGCACCAGCUCCUUGUCUACGUCUCGUUCUGGCAAUCAAUCAAAGAAGCAGAGUUAUUCUUCACUGAACCAGAGUGGCUCUUCCUCCUCUGGACGCUACCUGACUCCGAAUCUUCCAAGCUCAAGGCGGCUUGUGUCUGGCGCGCCGCCAACUUCUCGUCCUUCGAGUCGAAUGUCGACAAUCUCGUCUUCAUCCAAUCGAUCUGCUUCUGGUCCUAUCUUUCCUCCGUCCACUUCCUCUUCGUCCAUCUAUAGUUCGACGUAUGCUUCCAGGCAACGUACAACUAGCAUGACGUCUACGACAUCUUCCGGACCUCUCCCCACGAAACAGAGUGCCAGAGCCACUGCCAAAGCUCGGGCGUCUGUUGGGGGGCACGAAGCGUCUACUAAGUCACGACUGGGCGGAAGUGAUUUAUCGACCGGCUCACGAACAAGUGCUAGACAACGUUCGUCUUCGUCGAUGUCAACUUGGUCUCGCGCCCCUCGACAAUCUUUCCCCGUUGCUCGAAUGACCACGCCCCCUCCCGCAAAGCGGCAGCCCAAGAAGGAGUAUGUGGCAAAUCCCAAGAACAAGCUCGACGUGGCUGUUGGCGACGUCGUUAACAAGCUCCCUGUCAACAUCAACGUGGAGGUUGUUGCCGAUACUUGGAAAGAUCAAAGUGGCAAAUAUUGGAUUGGUGGGGACGAGCCGAAGCUUUGCUUCUGUCGCAUUCUUCGCUCACAGACUGUGAUGGUACGCAUCGGUGGGGGCUGGCAAGAAUUAUCCAAAUUCAUUCAAAGUCAUUUCGCGGACCUAUUUCGUUUCAUGCCUCUGGAGGACUCUCCGUCGGUGUUUGGCUCGCCUAAGCUUGGAUCUCGGGAAGAAAAGUGGAUCAGCUCUGCUACUUUGCGGGAGUCUGAAGCAGAGGAACAACUAUCUCCUCCUAGAUCUCUUAAAACUCCAGAACCCUCGAGUUCAGGGUCCUUUGUCCCUUCCUUCCUGCUUUCAACGCCGAGUGGCACUAGUCCCCGGUCGAUGAAGUCAACGUCCUCUGUCAGCGGUUCUCCUUUGGCUCCUUUACAGUUCAUGCGACGUGCUGAUCCGGAAGGCCUCCCACUCCGCCCUGUAACACCGUCAAUGCCACCUGCUGGUAGACGUCGACCUAGCAUACCUCCGACUCCGUCUCGAAACACGUGGAGGCCGUAGUCUCCGUGGACAUUUAUCUUAUUCCCUCUGGUUUUAUUUCCUGCAUCGGACUUUAUCAUCAAUUUAUAUCUUGCAUCAACCCUCAGUUAUUAAUGUUUAAUCGUGACAAGCACACUCUUCGGACUUGUUAUACCGACUCUCAGAUUAUUUGCAGUGCUUUCGUUCUGUACAUGCUGUGGCGAAUAAAACUACUGUACCC